AUGUUACUAUAUCAUCUUUGGUUAUUAUUACAAAAAUCACUUCGUUAUGCAUGGCGUUGUCGUCUAUGUCAUUGUUGUCCUAAAAUAAUAUUUGAAUUACUUGUUCCUGUAAUAUGUCUUCUUGUUUUAAUUCUUAUUCGUUGGAUACAUACAACAUCUGAAACUAAUAAUAAUGUUUCAACCUUUAAUCAAACAAAAUCUACACCUAUUAAAUUACAACCAUCUUCAAUUAUUGCACAACGUGAAUCUAUGUAUAUUUUUAAUUAUACAUCAAUAAAUGAAUGUCCAUUGUCAGAUAUAAUAAUAAAAAUAGUUGAUAAUAAUUUAUUAAAUCGUCUCAAAAGUCAAUGUCCACAUAGUAGUUUUAUUUCAAUAUCAAAACCUGUAGGACAUAAUGGAUAUUUUUUACUUAAUAAUACUUCAACAGGACUUAGUAUUAGUUAUCAAUGUCAAUAUGAUAAUCAAGAUUUAUGUCAAAAUAUUAGUAUAUUAAAUGAUAUAAAAGAUUCACAGUUAAUUCAACAUCCAUCAUUAUUUCUAUGUUCAAAUAAAAAUUUUAAUGAAGCAAAUAAUUUAUUACAAGUUUAUCUUGCAAUUGUAUCUCAAAUAAACCCAUCAAUAAAAAAACAACAAUUAUCUAUUUAUACAUGGCCAUGUUUAUCAUAUGCAUCUGAUCCUAUGUUUGACAUAGCACCAUAUUUUGUAUUAAUUAUUAUUCUUUUUUUUAUUGAUGGAUGUAUUUUAUCGAGUUUUAAUUUACUUUUUCAUUCUUUAAUUGAUGAAAAAAAUCAAGGAAUAAUUGAACUUCUUCGUCUUAUUUCUAUUCGUCCAAUAUUAAAUAGUUUUGCUUGGUUUCUACGAGUUUUUUUUAUACAAUUAAUAGCAAAUAUAUUAUUAAUUUUAAUAUUAAAAAGUUCAUUCGAUGGAGGUAUUUAUUUAUCAUAUGUAUCAAUUUGGUUAAUUAUUCCAACGAUUUUUAUUUGGACUAUUCAAGUUCUUUCACGAGCUGUACUUAUUGCUCAUUUUUUUAAUAGUAAUUUAAAAGCAACAGUUUGGUCAUGGUUUAUUUAUAUUAUUUCAUUUUGGUUAGCACUUUCAUCAUCUAUACGAUUACCAAUUCUUUUUCAUUUUAUUGCUUCAAUUUGGUUACCAUUUUAUUCAAUAAAACGUUUAUUUAUUCUUCUCUUUCGAAUAAAUACUAAUUUAGGUCGUAAUGAUUUAAAGAAUGAAGUUAUAUUAAUUUGGUUCUAUAUGUUAAUUGGUAGUCUUCUUAUGUGGUUUUUAGCAUAUUAUCUUGAAAAAACUCGAGCAGGUAAAUAUGGUAUUAGACGUCCAUGGACAUGGCCAUUGGAUUAUUUUUGUAAUAAUCAAAUAAAAAAUCAAAAACGACGUGAAAGUAUUGAUAUGCAAAUGGUUGAAACAUUACCUGAUACAAAUACUACAGUUCGAGUAAAUAAUUUAACUAAAAUUUAUGGUCGAUUUAAUACAGAAAAACAAAUAGCUGUUGAUCAUGUUUCAUUUAAACUUGAAAAAUCUACAAUCUAUGGUCUUAUUGGUCAUAAUGGUGCAGGAAAAACAUCAACAAUGGAAAUGAUGUCUGGUUUAUUAUCAUGUGAUCGUGGUACAAUUGAAAUUCAUAAUAAAGAUUUACAUGAAAAUUUAUAUGAACUUCAAAAAUGUAUUGGUUAUUGUCCACAACAAGAUAUGCUUUUUUCACAUUUAACUGUACAAGAACAAUUAGAAUUUUAUGCACGUGUUCGAUCAAAAAAACAUAAUAUUGAUUAUAAUCAAAUUCAAGAAUUACUUACUAUGAUGAAUAUGAAUACAUAUAGUAAAUAUUUAUGUCAUACAUUAUCAGGUGGUAUGCAACGAAAAUUAUCAAUUUUAUGUGCAUUUGUUGGUCAUGCUAAUGUUAUUAUAUUAGAUGAACCAUCAUCAUCACUUGAUCCAGUAGCUCGUCGAACAUUAUGGUCAUGGCUUCGAGAAAAUAAAGCUAAUCGUACAUUAUUAAUUUCAUCACAUUUAUUAGAUGAAGUUGAAGAACUUUGUGAUUCAAUUAUUAUUCUUGAUGCUGGUAAAAUUCGUGCACAAGGUACAAUACUCGAAUUGAAACAACAAUUUGGUCCACCUGGUGAUCGACUUCAUUUAGAUAGAAUACCAAAAUAUAUACCAAAAGAAUGGAUUAUUAAUGAAAAAACUCAUUUUAUACAAAUUCCUAAUAGAAAACAAUUAAUUCAUGUACUUGAAAAUUUAGAACAAGAUAAUAUAAAAUAUUCAUUAGAAAAUAUUACACUUGACGAUAUAUUUUUAAAAUUAACUUCAUCGACAGAAGGUUUAUCUUCAGAAGAAAGUACUGUCAAAUCUUCAAUAAAUACAUUAUUUAAUGCCCGAACAAGUACUCAACGAAGUCAUCUAUGGGCUCAACAAAUUUUCGGUGUAUUAAUUAGACGUGGUCAAGUUUUUUUAAGACGAGCUCGUUUAUUACCAAUUAUAAUACUUCUUUAUGUGGUUUAUGCUCUUGCACCAUUAUAUAUGCCAUCAUUUGUUCCAGCAUCUGUAUCAUCUAAUGAAUAUGUUCGUUAUAUUAUUUCAUCUCAUUCUAAUUUAAUCAAUACAUUACCAUUGAAAAAUUUUGAUAUAAAAUUUACUCCAUCAUUUUAUUCAACACAAGAAUUUAAACAAUAUCUAUUAGGAAUAAAAACAUGGCAAUCAGAUAAUCAUCGUCAGAGAACAUUAAUUGGUCUUCGAAUACCAUCUUCUGAUCAUCUUGAAUGUUAUGUUCCAUCACCAAUCUUACAUAAUGUAAUUCGAUUUUGUUUUCCAAUAUUUACAUUAUUUUAUAAUCAUACAUUUAUUCCAUUAAAUUUUAUUCGUCAUGAUGUAAAAAAUCCUUUAUCAGAACUUUCGACUAUUCCCCUAUGGAAACAUGAUUCAUUAUUUUAUUGUUUUUAUGCAUUACCAUUGAGAUUUCAUUUAUCAAUUAUAUUACUUUCACUUAUUUUAAUUAUUUGUGCUGCAUUAAUUAUUCAAGAUUAUAAAUCAGGUCUUCAUUCAUAUUCACUUAUUCAUGGUCUUCGUUCACCGAUUCAUUGGAUAAUUAUAUUUCUUAGUGAUCUUAUUUUAUGUCUUCUUUGGCUUCUAAUUCUUAUUCUUAUUGCACGUUUUGUUCAUUCAUCAACAUUUAAUAGUCGAUUUUUUGCAUUAACACCAUUAUUUUUUAUUGUUAAUCUUCCAUUUAUUUAUUUAAUAGCUAAAUUAUUUAAUUCACCAAUAUUAGGUGCUACAAUAAUUAUAUUUAUUCUUCAACUUGCUCAUGUAUUCUAUACAUUAAAAGUAUUAAUUGAACUUUUUCAAAGUUAUCGUGUUAUUUGGACAAUUAUACGUAUUCUACGAUGGUUACUUGUAGUUAUUUUUCCAAAUGUAAAUGUAUAUACAUUAAUAAUAACUAUUCUUCGACCAUAUUCAUGUCCAAUGGAUGAUUCAAAAUUCGAAAAAAAAGAAGAUUUUUCAACUGAACGUUAUCCACAUAAAUUACUUAUUCAUAUAUUAAUAUUCAUUAGUCAAUUUAUUCUCUAUUUUGUUUUAUUGAUUAUUAUUGAUACAUGGAAAUUACCAGUAUUAUAUCAUUGUAGAAAAAGUAUUAUCAAUGAACAAGAAGAAGAUAAUGAUGUUGUAGAAGAAAGACAUCGAAUAGAAACAAUGAAUAAUGAAGAAAAACAACGUGAAGCUCUUAUUGUUGAGAAUCUUUCUAAACGUUAUUUUGGUUCACAUUUUCCAGCUGUUAAUCGAUUAACAUUUGCUGUACCUCAUCGACAAUGUUUUGGUCUUUUAGGAUUUAAUGGAAGUGGUAAAACAACAACAUUUCGAAUGUUAGUUGGAGAAUUACGAUCAACUGAUGGUUAUAUUUAUAAAAAUAAUAAAGAAUCAAUUGGUUAUUGUCCACAAGAUGAUAUUAGUUUUUCAGCAUUAACUGUUCAACAAUCUAUUGAUUAUAUAUGUCGUAUUCAUGGUCUUAAUCCAUCAUUGUUAAAUAAUUUAAUAUUAUCUCAAUUUCAAUUAGAAAAAUAUCGUCAUCGUUUAGUAUCACAAUUAAGUGGUGGAACUCGUCGUCGUCUUCAUUUAGCUUUAUGUCUUAUUGGUUCUCCCACACUUCUUUUACUUGAUGAACCAACAGCUAAAGUUGAUCCAUUGUUACGUAGUCAUAUUCGACUUUUAUUAUAUCAUCGUCCAAUAGAUACAUCAAUUAUAUUUGCUUCACAUUCAAUGCUUGAAUGUGAACAAUUAUGUGAUCGUUUAACAAUUCUUGUUCAUGGUAAUGCAAGAUGUUUAGGUUCAAUUCGACAUCUUAAAGAUAAAUAUGGUAUGGAUUAUCGUAUAAGAUUAACACCACUUCAAUUAUCAUUUGAUAUACCAUUACUUAAACGUAUUGAUAAUACUAAUGAAUAUAUAUAUCCAAAAAUUAGAUUAUCAAAUCUUUUCAAAAUAUUAGAAGAGUUUGUUGAAAAAAAUAUUAUUGCAUCAAACUAUACAGUACAAUUAACAUCAUUAGAACAUAUAUUUUUGGGUUUUCAACAUACUCUUGAUACUAUAGUUUAA